AUGCCACACCGUGUUGCUCCAGGGAGAGCUCCUGGACUCGCUCAAAUUCGUGUCCAUGAGCGUAUCGCACGCUUAAAAUCCGACAAGUUCUCGCCCACUGUGUUCAAAAUUGCUUGGGUUGGCUUCGUAUUUCUUCAUUUCGUGUGCUUCGUGUAUUUUGCGUUCGCCGGCUGGGGCUACUGGAAACUACCUGAUACUCGCUUGGAUGCAUGGCUAGCAUUGCUUUACAUCGGGAUGGGUACUGAAUAUCAUCGUAUGAUCGCAUUAGUACAUUUAUCUAUGGCAAUUGUUCAUGCUACGUACAUUAUUUGGAUGAUCGGAUGGUCUUGGUGGAAAAAAGAUGUAGUGUUUGCAAUCUACAAUGUCAUCAAAUUUCCAGCCAACGUCGACGGAUUCGGGGAAGACUGGUCUCUUGUUGCUCCUAUAAAAGACGGUAUCUUCUGGACUUACCGAGCAGUAUUCACGCGAGACGGAUUUUUAGGAGUUGAUGGACCAAAUUUUGACUUCGUGUUACUGUGUCGAGAAAUUGUAGAGACUGCGUUGCAAACCCAGCAAGCGUAUCGUAUGAGUCUGCUCGUACCUCGCAGAGAGCUAAACCGCGGCUAUGUAGCUUUACUCGUUCUCAACUGCUGGAGCACAGCACUUGUACACUCAUUCUUCCGCAACCAUGCCACACAAAGACGACUACUAGCCCUGAUCUGUGACUGCGUCCUAGAUCUAGUGUCAUCGGUCGGGAUCACAACUGUACUAGUGGCUAUGUACAUCCCCGAUUUCGAGUUUAAAACCUAUGGAUUUCCUCUUAUGAAAUGGUAUGAAGACGACUGGCGGGUCCAUGCAAUGAGCGAGUUUCAAAUGGUCUUAGUGGCUUCGUGGGGCGAUUUAGCGAUGCGAUUUGUAUUUGCGUUGAGUAUGCUGGGGAACCUAAACAACAUUAAGAAGCUCAUCCGUGCAAGACCAACGAAGCGCGUUAGACGUGCAACUCACGCUCGCCAUCGCGCUACAGUCGUUGCCCCCUUUCACGCUAGCCUGGCGAGUAUCAAGGAAAAUUUCGAAAGUGUCGAUCGGGAAUCUCUACACUUUUGGGUGGGAAAAGCUACAGAGAUUGGUUUCUUUCUCUGGGGAUUAGUGGUUAUGAUUCUUCAUUUAUACGCUGGAUCCAUACCUGAGUUGCCCCAGUGCAAGAUGCAAGUGAAACCGUGGACUACAUCUCAGCCAUUUUGCUCUUUACUGGAGCUUAAUUGCUACGAUUCUGGGUUUAACGGCACUAGAGAUGAAGUUACUACUCAAUGGAGUGAAUUCGAUCCUACAACGGUAGUACGUGUUGUUGUACGCCAUUGCCCGGCGUUGGAGCUUCCAGAAAAACUAACUGAGUUUUGUGGUUUGAGAGAGUUCAAGAUCUACAAUUCUACAAUUUCAAGUUGGGAUCAAGAGGCUGCUAUCUCUCAUGAAUUUCAUCCCAUGCUAACCACACUGUUAUUAGUUCGCGUAAACAUGACGAAUGGUGAGAUACCCAUCGGUCUUCAUGCUGACGACUUUCCUCAAUCACUAGAAGACAUCGAGUUUUGUGUCACCAAUCUGCGUUCUCUACCUGAAGACUUGGACUUGAAGUGGCCGCAGUACGCGAGUAUUUACAUCGAAGCCAGCCAGUUUCUAGAUGUUCCACAAUCACUAGUCCGACUUGCACCGUUUGACCUAUCGUUGUCACUGAACCUAAUUUCAACCAUUCCUAAAGAGCUCUUUGAGAGUGAAUCAGUCGCGUAUCUGAACUUUGGAGGCACGUUGAUAUCAGAACUACCAGAAAACGUCUCCAAGUUAUCAUCGUCAAUGACCGACAUAAAUCUGAGUGGCACCAAUGUUUCCUUCUUCUGGUCGUGGAUUGAUCCGUUGGUCACUGCCUCUCCAACCACACCUCCGAUAAGCGCCGGAGGCACACCUUACUGCGUGGAUAUCAAACGUAUUUUUGAAGAACGGCAAACCAAUUUUUCGAUAUUUCCACAGAGCCAUACAGAGACAUCCAUACUUUCAGACGCCUCUGUCGACAACUGGGAUAUCCUAAAGAUUGCAGUGCACUGUGAAGAACUGGACAGCACUUGGUACCCUUUAGAAUUUGAGGAUGCAUACAGUAAAAUAAAAUAA